CACUUUAAUGGUUGCUGCAAAUCCAGCAGCCAUAUGAUCUACCAUGGCAAACUUAUCUGUUAGUUUGUUGUUUCUGCCCCCAUUGGGUGUCCUGUAGCUUUCCUUUAAAUUAUUAAACUGUUAUUCUCAGGCAUCUUUUUCCUUAGCUAUUGUGAUUUGUUUGGCAUGCUCAUGAGAGGCCAUUAAAAUAUUCCAGUGAGAGUUUGCCUGGGGAAUCUUAAUCUUCCAUCUGCCAUGACAGAUUUAUCAUUCCAAGCAAGUCAUGGCUUCAAGUUGUGAGAGAAACUGAGGAUCUGCUGAGGAAGUUGGCUGACAGAAGAACUCAGGUAAGUGAAUCCUUGUUUGAGAUCAUUUCUUGGAAGAUUCAGCCUACUAGAAUCACUAGAACCUCCAAAUUCGGUCGAUGGAAGGAUUUCUCCAUCAGGAUUACAAAGAAUGCAUAUCAGUGAAGAAGGUGAUGCUGAAGCAGGAAGAAACUUUCAGGCACCAGGUCCAAGAACUUCAUCGCGUGUACCGAAUUCAGAAAUUGUUGAUGAGAGAUGCACAGCCAAACUGCAAGUUCUUGAGACAAACAGAUCGAACUAGCUCAGGCAAAGGGACACCUGAACACUAUAAAGAACCAAAGCUUGAUCCGGAUGAAGAAAGUAGUGACUUGGAGCUGACACUUGCUACUGGAAGCAGUACAAGCCAAUGGAAGAAGAGAAGUGCUUCAUAUAAUUCACACUCUGGAUCAAGUUUCUCUUCAACCUCAGACGAAUCGGCCGGUAGGAAGCUGAAGAACGGUGACUGGGUUGUGCCACAAGAUUUCGGGAGAUUCGAAGGCAAAAGGAAGAGUGCAGGUCUAAAGAUUGAGCAAAUGAGACAGCACGAAUUGAAUCAGCCUUCUUGGCUCUUCCUCUGUAAUAAGCAACACAGCAUGGUGACUUCUUUAGGAUUGUAAUGAAAGCUUGAAACGUAUUACAAUCAAUUCUACAAUGUUGAAAAACAUAGCUAUGCGAACAAA